UUUCUGUUAUGGCUGGGUUGCAAGCAGCCUCUGGAAACGCGCCGCUUCCCCGCUCUGCGUCCUCCCGGGCCCUGUCUGCGCCCCUCCUGACUUCCCUUGGGCUUCCGCUCUGGCCUGGGCUAUAGCUUCGGCUGCUGGGGUCUUAGCGGGCGAGGGACUAACAUUUUCUUGGUUUAUCUAGGGAAGGGAAGAUGACUUGAUUGCCGUGGCGUGUCGUGGCCUUCCCCCUUCCCCAUUUACAAUUUAAAAAAAUUUUUAUUUUGUAUGUAUGUGUAGAGCAGCGUGCAGGAAAAAAGGUCCAGGGUGGUGGAAAUGUUUCCGUUAAAAACCAAUGGAAUGUAUUUUGCUCGCUGUUCUGGAGAUGUUUCUUUCAACACACUCCAUUGCAGUCUGUGCGUCUGAGUUCUGGCAAACUACUGGGAGAAAUCCUUAGGGCUGUUUGUUGAUGUUUGAAGAGGCUUAUUCUGUGUUUAGGCUUGCAUUUUUUGUUAAUAUGACCAUUCAGGAUCCCUUUGGGCCCCGCCGCCCAUCGGGCCUGUGGAGGGAUUCAUCUCUUUGCCUUCCCCCAUGUUACAAUGUCAGUGGCCUCUUUUAAUUGGAAGGCCACCCUCUCUGCUUUUCUCUUCCUGAUCGUAUACAUCCUCCUUGAUUUUUACCUUCAUUUUUAAGAUAUUUUGUAUUUUGUGUAAGAUGCAGGAUGUGGGAUAUUGGUUGCUAGGAGACAAAGCAGGCUCCCAGGGAGAUUCUGUUGUUUCCUUGACAACCAGACUAGGGCAGCUACAGAUGAACAAGCCUCCUAUCAGCUGUGGGAGGGAAAGAGGGGCUUUUCUGGGCUCUGCAAAGAGUGUGUGUAGGUGUGUGGGUGUGGGACUGGGAGCCCGUGAGUGUUGCAGCUAAUCUGAGCACACCUUUCAUUUUGGCCUGUCCUGAGUUCAAAGAGCUGGGAGAGCAGUGGGCAGGAGGCCGUUUUUGGAGAAGGGAACAGGGCUUGUGGGUUGGGGUGGGAAGGGAGCACCUACGUGACGCUGGAAUCAUUGAGGGAGAGGAGUGGCCUGGGGUCGUGACAGCCAGGGCAGGGUGGCGAGGAAGCCGUAGCGUACGGAGGUUGGCCAGGAGGCUCAGAAGGAAUGGGGAUGAGGCAAUUGUGCAGAAAAGUCUAGAGUCAUUGAAGGAGAGAGUGCUAGAAAGAAAGGGGAAGUUGAGAAGCUUACUGAGUGGGUUGUGCCGUUGUACAUAAGCAGUGAUACAGUAAAGUAGCAAUAUUCUUGAGCAAAAAUUACAUUACUGUUGGCAAUGGCACCAUAUCUCCAGUACAGGUCCUUUUAAAGACAGGCCUGAUUAGACUAAGAGUUCUGCUGGCUUAAUUGGGCCAGUGUGUAUCUUAAAGAGAGAUAUAAUUACACAUAUAGAUAUGUAAUCCAGCAUUAUAUAAUACCACAUUACAUAAGAAGGCAAAUACCUCCUUUCGGCCCAGGAUCUCUUGGCAUGGAUUUACCAAGAUUCAGGAGACUUUCUCCGGGAGCCCUCAUACCCAUUUUCCAGAAGGGCAGAUUGCGGCCCAGACAAGUGAAGUGAUUUGCCCUUUCCCAGAUCUGACAAUGAAGUUUGCCAGUCAGGCAGCCGGCACAGGGGUGGAGUGGGUGAGAAUGAUAAAAAUCAGGAGGAGGUCAAAGGACAUGCAGGGGAAGGCCUCAGGGGCAGCUGGGGAACGAAUGGGGAGUGGCUGCUCAGCUGGAGCUGCACCCAGCAGGUCUGCUGGCUAAACUCACAGCACAGUGUCGCUCUCCUGCUUGUUGCUUAGCUGUCCCCUACUUAACCAUAGAGGUGCAUAAGGUGUGCCUGAGUGUUUGAGUCAUAGACUCGAUGAUCUUGGACCAGCACUGAACUGCUCUGCUGGUGUUCUGACAUCCUCCUCGCCAUCCAGCUGCUCCUGGAUGUAAGAACCGAUGUGCCUGCUCCGUACCUCCUCAUCCCCCCUUCUGCCUACACACCUCCAUGCUGCUGGAAUCUGAAUUUGAGAAAGAAGUUCUGUGGGCUAGCAGGUGGUUCUCUUUCUCCUACAGCUGCAGGUCCCAAUUAAUGGAUUCUGACAUGGAUUAUGAAAGGCCAAACGUAGAGACCAUCAAGUGCGUGGUAGUGGGGGACAACGCUGUGGGCAAGACCAGGCUCAUCUGUGCCCGGGCCUGCAAUGCCACCCUCACCCAGUACCAGCUGCUAGCCACCCAUGUGCCCACAGUUUGGGCCAUCGACCAGUACCGGGUGUGUCAGGAGGUGCUGGAACGUUCCCGAGACGUGGUAGAUGAUGUCAGCGUGUCCCUCCGCCUCUGGGACACCUUUGGAGAUCACCACAAAGACCGUCGCUUUGCUUAUGGGAGAUCCGAUGUGGUGGUUCUGUGCUUCUCCAUUGCCAACCCCAACUCCCUCCACCAUGUCAAGACCAUGUGGUACCCAGAAAUCAAACACUUCUGCCCCCGAGCACCUGUCAUCUUGGUGGGCUGCCAGCUGGACCUGCGCUACGCCGACCUGGAGGCUGUCAAUAGGGCCAGGAGACCCUUGGCUAGGCCCAUCAAGCCCAAUGAGAUCCUUCCCCCGGAGAAGGGUCGGGAGGUGGCCAAGGAGCUGGGCAUCCCCUACUACGAGACCAGCGUGGUGGCCCAGUUCGGCAUCAAGGACGUCUUUGACAACGCCAUCCGUGCAGCGCUCAUCUCCCGCCGGCACCUGCAGUUCUGGAAGUCCCACCUCCGCAAUGUGCAGCGGCCUCUGCUGCAGGCACCCUUCCUACCCCCCAAGCCGCCUCCCCCCAUCAUUGUGGUGCCCGACCCCCCCUCCAGCAGCGAGGAGUGCCCCGCCCACCUCCUGGAGGACCCGCUGUGCGCAGACGUCAUCCUGGUGCUGCAGGAGCGUGUGCGCAUCUUUGCCCACAAGAUCUACCUCUCCACUUCCUCCUCCAAGUUCUACGACCUGUUCCUCAUGGACCUGAGUGAGGGGGAUCUGGGGGGCCCCUCAGGGUCAGGGGGCCCCUGCCCGGAGGACCACCGGGGUCACCCUGAUCAACACCACCACCAUCACCACCACCACCACGGCCGGGACUUCCUGCUUCGGGCAGCCAGCUUUGAUGUGUGCGAGAGCGUGGAGGAGAGUGGGGGCUCCGGGCCCGCUGGGCUCCGGGCUUCAACUAGCGAUGGGAUCUUACGGGGCAAUGGGACAGGGUACCUGCCUGGGAGGGGUCGAGUGCUAUCUUCCUGGAGCCGAGCUUUUGUGAGCAUCCAGGAAGAGAUGGCAGAGGAUCCACUGACUUACAAAUCCCGGCUGAUGGUGGUGGUGAAAAUGGAUAACUCCAUCCAGCCGGGGCCCUUCCGGGCUGUUCUCAAGUACCUGUACACAGGGGAGCUGGACGAGAAUGAGCGGGACCUUAUGCACAUCGCCCACAUUGCUGAGCUGCUCGAGGUCUUCGAUCUGCGCAUGAUGGUGGCCAACAUUCUCAACAAUGAGGCCUUCAUGAACCAGGAGAUCACCAAGGCCUUCCACGUCCGCCGGACCAACCGGGUUAAGGAGUGCUUGGCAAAAGGCACCUUCUCAGAUGUGACCUUCAUCCUGGAUGAUGGCACCAUCAGCGCCCACAAGCCCCUGUUGAUCUCCAGCUGUGACUGGAUGGCUGCCAUGUUUGGGGGGCCGUUUGUGGAGAGUUCCACCAGGGAGGUGGUGUUUCCUUACACGAGCAAGAGCUGUAUGAGGGCCGUGCUGGAAUACCUGUACACCGGCAUGUUCACCUCCAGCCCCGACCUGGACGACAUGAAGCUCAUCAUCCUGGCCAACCGCCUCUGCCUGCCACACUUGGUCGCCCUCACAGAGCAAUACACAGUGACCGGGCUGAUGGAAGCAACUCAGAUGAUGGUAGACAUCGAUGGGGACGUCCUUGUGUUCCUGGAACUGGCUCAGUUCCACUGCGCGUAUCAGUUGGCUGACUGGUGUCUCCACCACAUCUGCACCAACUACAACAACGUGUGUCGCAAGUUCCCACGAGACAUGAAGGCCAUGUCCCCAGAAAACCAGGAGUAUUUUGAGAAGCACCGGUGGCCGCCUGUCUGGUACCUGAAGGAGGAAGACCACUACCAGCGGGCCCGGAAGGAGCGUCAGAAGGAGGACUAUCUCCACCUGAGACGGCAGCCCAAGCGGCGCUGGCUGUUCUGGAACAGCCCUUCCUCGCCGGCCUCUUCAGCCACCUCCUCGUCCUCCCCAUCUUCCUCCUCAGCUGUGGUCUGAGAUGCUGCCACCCUCUUCUGACCCCGCUGCUGUUGCCCCCACUUGUUCUUGCCCCUCUGCUCUUCUGCAUCGCCCCCUCCACCUUCCAGGGACAAAGGACUCACAUAACCGGGACCCUACGGGGAGGAGCUGCUCUCACCAGCCAGCAUAGCUCAGCAGAGAGAGGAAGGAGCCAGGCCUCGUGGGUCGGAACAGGCGCCCGGGGAGAGGUCCCGAUUCCUCAGCAGGGCAGGAGACGGCUCCUGGGAGGUGGGGAGCGGGGAAAGGGCUGAGGGCUGUGGCCUCUGGUCUCUGGGUUGGAGAGCCCUAGAAUCAGAGGGAAACUCUCCCAGCCGUGAGGCCGUGUGUCUUGGUCUGCGGAGGCAGCCUCCUCCCUGUGAGCGGCCGUGAGCAGGCAGGGUCCUACCUCUGUUGAUCGGGUGUUUGCAUCAGUGGACUUAGAGGGUUGCAAAUGUUUUGUGGGCAUUUGCACGUGGAACCUACUCAAAUCCUCACUGGAGAAGUCAGGGUAGAAAUUAAGCCUUCAGAACCCAACUCAAGGUUUCCACCCCUGGGGUGCGGCUGCCAGAGGCCGCAAGUGGAAGGCUGGCCCUCUGCCAGCAUCCCUCCCAGGGCUGUGGGCAUCCAGGCCUGAGAAGGGUGGCAGAGGUUGCUCAGAGCUGCAGGCCUAGAAGCAGCACCUCUUGGUGCAAUGAGAAACUUCUUCCUCCCCCUUCCUUCACCGCUCAGAUUUGGAGAUGGAAACGAAAGGAAACAGCUGGAACAGGGGGAGAGAAGGAAGGGAGUGAUGGGGGCCUGGGUACAGCAAUCCCAUGCUCCUUUGGGCUCCUCCCCCUGCCUCUGGUUAGCACGGCUUCUCGUGGGGUAAAUUUAGCAAAAAACCCCAUACAACAAUGAACAGAAUCACCACCAACAAAAACAUUGUCGCCUCUAUCCCCUCAAAGGAAGAAAGACAGAAAAAGUCCCUGUAUGGCUUACAUUUCUAUAAAGCCAAACAGGGUUCCCCAUGUGGAUGAGGCAAUGGUUGAGACGGUAGAAUUGACUCCAGUGCUUUUCAGGAAAGCAGUGUCGCCGGCUGUGACCAAGGACGCUCCGGCCCUGCUGGUUGACCCUGGGCAGCACGUUGCAUGCCCUCAGCAUGCCGGGGAUGAGGUUUCGGGGGUGGGGAGGGUGGGCCCAGGAAUCUCUGUGGCGUUGGAGCCGUGCGUUCGCCCAUCAUGAGAAUCGGGCUAUCCUCACCUUCAUCAGGUAACUCCAUAACAUAUGAAUGUGGUGGAGGGAUGGGGUGUGGUAGGGGUCAAAGGUCAGGAGAAAGGCACUGACAUGGAGAAUAGGAGACCCUGUAAUGAAGGAUCAUAGCACAUGGCCUCACUCAGUGCUGGCUGGUGAUAAAAGGGAAGGAGAAAAAAUGGGGGAAUUGAACAGGAGCGAAGCCAAGGUCAGUCCAGAGAAGGGGAGGGAGGAGACUGGAGGACUGGAGGAUUAAGACAGUAGCUUUGGGGAAAAGCUGGGUCGCAACUGACCCUCUCCACAUUUUCUAAUCCUGAUUCGUAUUUCACUCCCCACACCCUUUGUAGAUUUAGAAGACGGAGCCCCUCUGAUGAAGGUGGAGCCAGAGAGACUGAGCUCCUGGCCUCAGAGCUCAGGAAUCACCUCGUCUAAGAAAGAUGCUUUAGGAAGAGGAACUGGUUUUCGGUCCCAGGGCCCUAGGUGGGCUCCACCACCAAGAGGCUGGCUUUAGGUCUGGGAUAGAGCAAACCCGGAAACAAUGGAAACUCUGCAUCAAUUUUUUGGUGCCAAGACCUAGGGAUUUGAAAUUAAGUCCUCGUCAAGAGAAGGAGCAGGAGGUGGCAGGUCAAGCGGGUCUAGAGUGACUGUGCCCCGUGUUGUCGGAGCCCCAGACUUGGAGGCCAUGGCUGCCUCCCCUCCAAGUCGUCCUCCAGGGGGCGGGCCGGGAAAGCAGACGUUUGCUGCCCUCUAGUGGCCGGUUAGCUCCUUGCCGCUGAGCUCGGGGCGAGCCUGAGGAGCAGUGGGCGGGGCAGAAGGGGAGCCUCCAAGGUGGGGGGUGCAGCUCUGCCCCCAGCACCUUCACUGUGGGGGGGGGGGACAGAGGAGGGGCCGGGGGGCCUCCCGGGAACUCUAGGUGGGUGGGAGAGCCAGGGCCCGAAGUCCAAUGGCAAGGGAAUUGGGGUUCCAUGAGGUUGCAGGGCUGAGCCACGGGGCCCACUGAUGAGGAUGCAGAAAGACCAGCGGGGACAGAAAGGGAAGGUGGCCCAGGAGCUGCAGGAGGCCCCAGGUGAGGGGUCACAGAAUGACCCCAGCAAGCAGGGCCCCACCCCCCCUUCCCACCAGCUCUGUCAGAGCCGGUCUGCACCUCAAGGGAGCCCAACGGGCCCAGGUGUGGCCCAGAGACAUCACCUGCGGAGGCUGUGGGGAAGCUGGGCCAGGCUGAGGUCCCUCCCCCAGGGGAAGGGCAGGGAGAAGGGGCUGGAUUCCAGGAACCUGGAGCCCGGAAAUCCAGAGUCAGAGCAGGAGACACACCCAUGCAGGGCGAGCUUGAGCCCGAGGCAUAAAAGGGAGAAGGAUGGAGCGGGCCACACAGCAAGAACACACACCCCUGCACCCGGGUCACUCCAGAGAACAGUAGGAUGGGGGAGAAAACACACACACACGCCUCUUUUUAUAUAAAAUUGCAUAUUUAAUUUGGUCAUGAAUUCAUAAACACAUGAAUAUUUUGUACCUAAUG